AAAAAGGAAAAGUCGCAGCUUCUGUUUCUGGUCCCUCCAGACUUUCCGUUCUCAGGCCGGGCUCAGGGAUUUAGUGGGGGCGGCCAUAUUGGAUAUACCGCCGGGCAUCCGCAGGGUCAGUGAGGUGCAGACGGGUCUGCAGAGCCACUUCGCCGGUUGCAGCGGUCAAGAAACAUGUUAAGAAUACCUGUAAGAAGGGCCUUAGCAGGCCUUUCAAAGUCUACUAAUGGAUAUGUUCGAACAACCACCACCACUGCAAGCAACUUGAUUGAAGUGUUUGUUGAUGGCCAAUCUGUGAUGGUAGAACCAGGAACUACUGUCCUUCAAGCUUGUGAGAAGGUUGGCAUGCAGAUCCCUAGAUUCUGUUAUCAUGAAAGAUUGUCUGUUGCUGGAAACUGCAGGAUGUGCCUUGUUGAAAUUGAGAAAGCUCCUAAGGUUGUAGCUGCUUGUGCUAUGCCAGUGAUGAAAGGCUGGAAUAUUCUGACAAACUCAGAGAAGUCUAAGAAAGCCAGAGAAGGGGUGAUGGAGUUCUUACUAGCAAAUCACCCACUGGACUGUCCUAUUUGUGACCAAGGAGGUGAAUGUGACUUGCAGGACCAAUCCAUGAUGUUUGGAAGUGACAGGAGCCGGUUUUUAGAGGGAAAGCGGGCUGUGGAGGACAAAAACAUUGGGCCUUUGGUAAAGACCAUCAUGACUAGAUGCAUACAGUGUACUCGCUGCAUCAGGUUUGCAAGUGAAAUUGCAGGAGUAGAUGAUUUGGGAACAACAGGCAGAGGAAAUGACAUGCAAGUUGGUACAUACGUUGAGAAGAUGUUCAUGUCUGAACUGUCUGGGAAUAUCAUUGAUAUCUGCCCUGUAGGUGCCCUAACUUCUAAGCCCUAUGCCUUUACUGCUCGACCUUGGGAAACAAGGAAGACAGAAUCUAUUGAUGUCAUGGAUGCGAUGGGCAGUAAUAUUGUGGUGAGCACAAGGACUGGGGAGGUGAUGAGGAUCUUGCCUAGGAUGCACGAGGACAUCAAUGAAGAGUGGAUCUCUGAUAAAACUAGAUUUGCCUAUGAUGGACUGAAACGUCAGAGACUUACAGAGCCAAUGGUUAGAGAUGAAAAGGGGCUUUUAACCUACACCUCCUGGGAAGAUGCACUCUCUCGUGUGGCUGGAAUGUUGCAGAGUUUUCAAGGCAAGGAUGUGGCAGCAAUUGCAGGUGGCUUAGUAGAUGCUGAAGCCUUAAUAGCUCUCAAAGAUUUACUAAAUAGACUCGACUCUGACACCCUGUGCACUGAAGAGGUCUUCCCCGCUGCAGGAGCUGGCACAGAUCUACGUUCCAAUUAUCUUCUUAACACGACAAUUGCUGGCGUGGAAGAAGCAGAUCUUAUGCUCUUGGUUGGAACAAAUCCACGUUUUGAAGCACCACUAUUUAAUGCUAGAAUUCGAAAGAGCUGGCUUCAUAAUGACUUAAAAGUGGCCCUUAUAGGCAGCCCAGUGGAUCUCACUUACAGAUAUGACCAUCUGGGAGACUCCCCCCAGAUCCUUCAAGAGAUUUCUUCAGGUAGCCAUCCAUUCAGCCAGGUCCUAAAGGAAGCUAAAAAACCAAUGGUGGUUUUGGGUAGUUCUGCACUUCAGAGAAAUGAUGGGGCAGCAAUUCUUGCAGCUGUUUCCAACAUUGCUCAGAAAAGUCGGAUGAGUAGUGGUGUUCCUGGUGAAUGGAAAGUUAUGAAUAUUCUUCACAGGAUUGCAAGCCAAGUAGCUGCUUUGGACCUGGGGUAUAAGCCAGGAGUAGAAGCAAUUCGGAAAAACCCUCCCAAAGUGCUGUUUCUUCUGGGAGCAGAUGGAGGUUGUAUCACUCGACAGGAUUUGCCAAAGGAUUGUUUCAUUAUAUAUCAAGGACAUCACGGUGAUGUUGGUGCUCCUAUAGCUGACGUCAUUCUCCCUGGGGCUGCUUACACGGAGAAGUCUGCUACUUACGUCAAUACUGAAGGUAGAGCGCAGCAGACUAAAGUAGCAGUGACACCUCCUGGCAUGGCAAGAGAAGACUGGAAAAUUAUAAGGGCACUCUCGGAGAUUACAGGUCUGACUCUUCCAUAUGAAACUCUGGAUCAAGUAAGAAACAGACUGGAAGAAGUUUCUCCUAAUCUUGUUCGAUAUGAUGAUGUUGAGGGAGCUAAUUAUUUCCAGCAAGCAAAUGAACUUUCCAAGCUAGUGAACCAGCAACUUCUUGCUGAUCCUCUGGUUCCACCUCAGCUAACAAUAAAGGACUUCUAUAUGACAGAUUCAAUUAGCAGAGCCUCACAGACAAUGGCCAAAUGUGUCAAAGCUGUCACAGAAGGCGCCCAGGCAGUAGAAGAACCAUCCAUAUGCUGAAAUAUCUUAUCAGGAACACAGUUUUACUCCAAGUAAUUGAUGGACAAUUAUGUGAGAGUCAUCACUCAGAGCUUUAUCUCUUUAAAAACUGAUCAGAAUGAUGUAAUAUUUAAGGUUCUCCCAUGCUUAUUGGAAAUGAUUGUCAAAGAACUUUGAGGUUUUAAACACAUUCAUGUACUGUGUGAAAAAAAACAUUAUUAAAUGAUUCAUUAAACAUU